AUGAUCCAAUACAAUUACGCUACCUAUCUGAAAUAUAUAGCUUUCGCUGUGAUCACGGUACUGCUGCCGUUUAUUUCACUGAUUGCAUUGAAAAUCUUCCAAAAAUUCAGCGCGGGAAAAGUGAAAAGUUUGGUGUGCUUGGCUGGCAAAACCGCUAUUAUUACCGGAGCUAGAAGAGGCAUCGGCUAUGAAACAGCCCUUGCUUUAGCCUCUAGGGGUUGCAGGGUAAUUCUAGCAGACAGGAAAGAUACAACAAAAACGAAGGCUAGAAUAGUCGCCUUGACGAACAAUGAGAACAUAGAAACGAAAAUACUGGAUUUGACAUCCCUGCAAUCAGUUAGAAAGUUUGCCAAAGAAAUCAUCGCGACAGAGGAAAGAUUAGACAUUUUAAUCAACAACACGGGCACUCUCAGCAAAGGAAACAAACACACCGAUGACGGUUUGCACAGCACAAUGCAAGUCAAUCACUUCGGACCGUUCUUACUAACUCAUUUGUUAGCAGGUUUGUUGAAGAAGUCAGCUCCCAGUCGCAUCAUUUUCGUCAGUUCUGCAUUGGCGUUUUGCAGUAAUUUAACCGUAGAUAGUUUGAACCAUCCCAAAGACCACCCGCUCUCCUUGUUCAGACAGAUCCUCAUUUAUUCCAAUUCCAAAUUGGCCAAUAUUGUGGCUGCAAACGGUUUCGCCGAAAGACUGAAAGCUGAUGGAGUGACGUGCAAUUCGUUGCACCCCGGUAUGGUGAACAACGAAUUGUUCAGAAAUGUUGCCAAAUUAGACGGCCUCAAGACCAUACCGAGAUUAGUCCGUUACAUAUUUUUGUUCAUUUACGGAAAGAGCGUUGAACAAGGAGCUCAGACUACCAUCCAACUGGCCUUGUCCAAUAAGGUGAAAGAUUUGACUGGAAAACACUUCUGGGACUGCAGGGUAUUCCCGCAGCCUCCUAAGGCUUGGAACAAGAAAUUCUGUGAUGACAUUUGGGAGAAGAGCGAAUCUCUCGUUCAACUGAAACCCGAAGAGAAAAUCUAAGUUUAAUAUUUUUUUGUGUAAUUCACGCUUUCUUGUUGUACUCAUUUUGCUUGUUGUUAGUUAGAAUUAUAAAAAAGUUCGAGUUUCUAAUUUUGUGGUAAUUGACACCUUUGCAAUAUCCAUUCACAAUUUUCUAAAAAUGUAUAACAUAUUCUGGUGCAUAAAUUAUCAAUUAAUACCUACAAAAAAGUGUACCUACUUAACUAUUAAUAACAAAAAAAAUCAACUAAUUAAGUAGGUGAUUGGAAUCGGG